AUGGAACCAGAAAGAUCAAAAGAGAUUCUUAGUAAUUUAUUAGCUAAAUAAAUUGAUUUAAAUGAGUAACUAUAAAAUGAAAAUGAUGAAUUAAAUACUAAUUUAAAGUAAUUUAUUAUAUUUAUCUUUUAGACGAUUGCUAAAUCUCUUAAAUUAAAAAGAUAGUUAAUUAGAAUAAAUAAAAGACAGAAUAAUUUAAGUUGAUUAAACAGAGAAUUAAUAUUAAACAACAAUAUCUAAUCAAAUAUAACAAAUAAAAUAAAUACAAUUUGAUAAUUAAGAAUUAUAAUUAUAAAUCUAAUAAUAAUCAGAAAUUAGAUUUAAGAUGGAAUAGGAGUUGAAUAAAAUAAUUGAAUCUUUUGAGAGAAUGUAAAAAAUUAAUUAGCAAUAAUAAGAAGAAAUUAAUUUGUUAUAAGAAAGAAAUUAACAAUUAGAAGAAACUUAAAUUACUAAUUAAAUUUAAAUUGAACAAACUUAAAAACAAAUUAAAUUACUUGUUAGUUCUAAUGAAGAUUAUGAAUAAUAAACAGAUAUUCUCUUAAAAUAAAAUAAUGAACUUAAAUAAAUAUAAAUCAAAUUACUAUAUAAUUUAGAUGCAAUAUAAAAAGAAAAAGAUGAAUUGACAACAUAAUUUGAUGAAAAAUUAAUUCAAUUCAAAUCUUGUUUCCAAAGUUCUGCUGAAAAUACUAAAGAUUUAACUAAUUAAGUUAAUGAAUUAACUAAUCAAAUUCAAAUUCUAUAAAAAUAAGUAAUUUUCUUAUUUCUAUCAUUAGAAUUAAUAAUUAAUUGAAUAAAUAAAUAAUUAUUAAUCACUUUCUGUAAAAUUAGAAUAAGAAAGAGAUAAAUAUCAUAAAGACUUAGAAAUUACUAUUUAAAAUAAUACAAGAUUAUAAAAUAGUAAUUCAAAUCUGGAAAAUUAAUUAACUUAAAUAUCAUAAGAUCAAGAAACAUCUAUCAAAAAAGUAUUUAAUAUAAUUUUAAAUAUAGAUGAAAUAUAUGAUUGAAUAAAUUGAUGAACUUGAAUUAACUAAUGAUAAUUAAUUAAAAUAAAAUAAUGAACUUAAGUAAUAAAUCAAAAAACUAUAAUUUUAAUAAGAUUAACUUCUAAAAGAAAAGGAAGUUAUUUAUGAAUAAUUUGAAUUAAUCUAAAAAAAUGCUUAAUAUGAUCAUGAAGGACAUAGAGAUAAAUAUAUCAAAUUAGAUAGAACUUAUAAAGAAUUUCAUUCUUAAUAUGAUGAAUUACUAAACAAAGUAAUUAUCUACUUUUAUUUUUAUAGUAUAACAUAUAAAAUUAAAGUUAUGAAGAAUAAUAAAAUUAAAUUCAAUUGAAUAUCAAAGAAAUCAAUGAACUCAAACAUAAUUUAAGAAUACUUCAAGAAUCUGAGAGAAAACAUUCUUAUAAUGCUGAUAUAAUAAGUAAAGAGAAGUUUAUGAUUACUUAAAAAUUGGAAGAAUCUUUCUAAAUAAUCAAAGAUUUAAGAGAUUAAUGUUAAAUUCUUACAGAAAAAGUAUAAAAAACUGAAAUUUUUAAUAAACAAUUACUUUUGGAAAAUGAACAAUUAUAAAAAUAAGUAAUUAACAUUUAUAUAUUUAAAGAUUAAAGUAUAAGAAGGUAAAAUUGAGGAACAUGAAGUUCAUAUAGAACUAUUAUAAGUAUAAAUAAAUCACAAAUAAACUUAAUAAGCAGAAAUGGAUAGAUAAUAAUCACUGAAAUAAUCAACUACAAAGAAGAGUUAAUCAGUCAACAAGGAAAAUAAUAGUGAAUUAAUUAGAUUAAAGAAAUAGAAUACAGAAUUAACAAAAGAAGCUAUAUCUUUAAAUGAAUAGAUUUUAGAACUUAAAGUAAUUGAUUAUAUAUAUUUAAAAGAAUGUCAUUAAUAAACUAAAUGAUCAAUUGGCAUAAUAAAAUAAAAUAAAAUUAGGAUUAGAAUCAAGAAUAUAAAGUUUAAUUAAAGUAGUUGAAGAGUUUUAAUAAAAAUAAAUUUAAAAGCAAUAAGAUAGUUUAACAAAAGAAUAAUUUCAAAAUUAAAUAGAGCAAAUAAAAAAGAACUUUUAUAUUUAGAUAUAAUAAUUAACAAGAGAAAAUGAAGAACUUAAAAAAUUAUUAUAAACUUAAGCAAAUCAAACUUUUAAUUCUACAGAAGAAGUGAAUUCUUUACAAGAUACAGUAGCAGAUUUAAAUAGAGAGAAAGUAAAUUUAAUCAGAGAAUUAAAUUAAGAACAUGAAGCAAAAAAUAAAUCUGAGGCUGAAAGAGAUAAAUUGAAAUAAUAAAUUGAAUAAUAUCAACUUGAAAUUGAAAAUUGUCAAAAUUAAUUAGAUCUCUAUGUUAAAGUGUUAAAAUAAAUGGAUGAAAAGUUAAAAUAGUAAUAAUGA